GCGAGGAGGAGGCGUUACGCGGCAAUAAAUGCACCAUUGCUUUCCUCUCUCUGAGAUGGACCAAACCAUCUGCAGACAUCACUAGAAGGUCAUGAGAGACAACACCCAGAGAAUGUGUUUUGGUUCAGAAGGCUUGUCCCUGCUGCCAUGAGUGACGGAUAGCUGCAAACCACUAGGAAGUAAAACUGAAAUGUCAUUUCACUGAGGCAAGCUCUGUGAAGGCAAGCCCAGAGGCCCAUCUGGAAUGAGCCUUCAGCAAAUCCCUCUUUGCCAAAUAUUCCUACAGGAUGGCAGGAGAACACUGGGAGGUGUGGAGGCCCUCGGAACCCUGUGACACCACUGCUGUGUCACAAGGUGUUGGGUGGUCCAGGGAACGGCACCAGAUGGGGACAGCCCUGAGAAGCAGCCCACCAUUUGGGGACAGCCUGAGGGUGGCUGCCUGAGCCCCGUGCGGGAUGGAGUUUCUGGGGACCACGCAGGUAGCCAGCUACUGCGGCACGAAGAAGAGCUGCCUGUUCCCAGACCCGGCCCCCACCAGCACCACCAAGGACACCUACCAGUCCUACUACCUACCGGGCUACCGCCACCUCAGCUCCUGGAGGCCCAGUCUGCUUCACAAAGUGAUUUCGGUCCCUCCCGGCUCUGAUGAGCUGUUUAAUCCUACCAGGCGGCCGCCUACCGUUCUGCCCACAUUACGGUCAGCCCUGCACGCCCGCUACAGCACUCGUGACUGGCACCAUGCAAACAUGGUUCAAUUAAAAGGCUCCGAAGCCUCCAGGUACUGGGCUGGUAGGCUGAACACAGAUUCAGUGCGACUGAUGCAAGAUAAGGACCAACUGACUUAUCAGAUGCAAGAAGACAGUAGAAGAAACCUGGGAGAGAGGAUCUCCAACAUUGAUUUCUGGAGAUCUGAGCUUGUUUAUGAGCUAGAGUGUCUGCUGAGAGAGACCCAAGCCUUGGAAACCGCAAAGAAGCGGCUCGAAUGUGCUGCAGAUGAAAUGCAAGGACCUCUGAAGACUGCCCUGGAAUGCUUGUACUACCGUGAGAAGCGGAAAGGCAUAGACUUGGUUCAUGACGAUGUGGAAAAGAACCUCAUAAAGGAAGUUGAUGUAUUCAAGGAUUGUCAAGAAAUAUUGGCAAAACUUGCCCAGAGAAUCAAUCAUCAGUUGGGUAUCAACAGAGAUGCACAGCAUGCCCUGGAGCAGGACCUUUCUGACAAAAACUCUGCCCAUUUUAUUGAUGAAAAGUGCUUUAACCUGAGGAACACAUCAGACAGCAUCAACUUCUACCACGGAGCGGAGAAAGUAGAUGGGACUGUUUCAGUUCCUGUAACAUGGGCUAAAUUCAGUGAAGAUAAUAUCAGGUGCUCUCAGCAUGCAAGGGCCAACUCUGUCAAGCUCCGUGAGGAUACAGAGGUUGGACUGGAGAGCACAUCUGAGGAGAUGUGGAAUCAAUUCGUCAGCACCAACUUGGCCUUUAAUAAUCGCAUUGCCGAAGUAGCUGAUGUAAAGAACAAACUCCAAGCACAACUGGCCAAGGUACUUCAAGAAAUCUUCCAGACAGAAGAUACGAUCAUGCUAUUGGAGAGAUCCAUAAUGGCAAAGGAGUACCCUCUGAAAGUGGCUCAGACACGCCUGGAGACGAGAACUAAACGACCCAAUAUAGAGCUCUGCCGUGAUGCACCUCAGUACCAGCUUGUCACUGAAGUUUACACUAUAGAUGACACCUUACAGACCUUAAAGAAACGUCUGCAAGAAGCCCGUGAUACUCUGCAGAUGCUGCUCGCCAACAAAUCAAAGCUCGAACAUGACAUUUCUGUAAAGGCAAACUCUUUCUUCAUUGACAAGAAGUGUAUGGACAUGCGCAAAACCUUCCCCAGCACCCCACGCCUCAUUGGCUACACUUGAGCAGUACACUUUUAUAUCUUUUGCGCACAAUAUAAAAGUUGCAAAGAUUUUCUGAAGAGAACAUUUUUCCCCCCAAAUAACAAAAUUCAACAGAAAUAAACUAACCCAAAUCAAUACUGUGCUUCUCUCCUUUGAUACUGUGUAGUCUCAGCUGAAGCUGCACUGUGGUGUAGAAUUAGUGGACUUGUUCUAACAGAAUCAGAGCAUGCUAAAAUAACCAGACAAAUAUUACAGGAUAUUUGUGAGUUACUAGGUAGAGAAAGCAAUGGACAACACGCUGUAGUACUUCUCAAUGGAGUAAGUACAAUACAGGAUUAAACUGUCUGGCAUAUUGUGCCGUUUGUAUAUCAAUCCUUGUAUGGUAAAGUUGUGUUUAAAUGCUUACCCUGUCCUUUCACACUCCUCCUGUCUAGCAGUGAUAAAUUUGGUGUUCGUUUAGAAUUAGAGGACAUCGAACAAGCUUGAUUUGUAGAAGUUGAAGGACAAUGUCAGUGCAACAACUUCCGGUGCACAUGUAGCCUGUAUUCUCUGAGAGAGAAUCUUUUCAUCCCUACUUUUUUUUUUUUUUUUAAAUUUCAUUAGAUCUUUCAUACCUUUAAGCAUAAGUAAAAUAUUGUGUAUUUACAUGAACUAUUCAUGAAAGAUGUCUAAGGGUCUUAACUUUAUAGAAAUGUGUAGUAUCCAGCAGUAGAUCUCAAAGGACUUAAUGAACAAUGACAAUACCAUUGCUCCAUCAUCACCAGUG